GCGCUCGUGUCAGGAGAGCGCCUCGAGAUGAGCGACGAGGUGCCAUCGCCCUUGCGGCGAACGCGGCACCGUCGCUCGAUCACGAUUCCAGAGCCAGAGACGGUAGUCGAGGGUGUGCCCAUCUCGGAGCAGCAGGUUUGUGCAGAGACGUUGCCAGACGCUCUGCCGCCGCCGAGCGCAGAAUCGCUCGAGCGGCUCGCGCUGCCUGACUCUAAGGAGGAGAAGGCUGACCACGAUGUGGAGAUGGCUGACCCCGACAUGAAGCAGGUGCUCAAGGAGUCCGAGGACCUGGAGGAGCACAGGAAGCAGGUGGCGGCAUUCGAUCAGAAGCAGGUUGAGGUUGCCUUGAAGGCAAGCCGCGAUCUUGCGGAGAGCAAGGGCAUACUCGUCGAGGACUCGCCGCCCGUGGAGGACCUUCAGCAGCCCAGGGCGGGGUCGAGUUGGGGCGAGAGGAUGGAGAGCCUGAGCCCAGACACCCGCAGGCGGCGUCUGAUCAUGGUCGAGGCUGGGAUUCACAACCUGGUGGACCACAUGCAUCGGGCAGCGACAGAGUUGUCGGCAGUGGCUGAUGCGACAUCUGAGGCCGAGACGUUGCCUGCAGCCGCCAAGGAGCUGAACAGCCAGGCUCACGCGCAGCAGCGGGAGCAGGCAGCGGGGCCAUCGCGCCAUGGGCGGGAGUCAGACUCGGAUGCGGAGCCGCUUAGCCAGAAGGCUUCGCGAGCAGCGGGCACGCCACUCUCGCAGGAGCCUCCGCGCGCGCUGCAGGAGCCCUUGCGGGAGCCUCAGCCGCGCCUGCAGGAGCCUCAGCCGGCGGCGGCGACGCAGCAGGCGACGCCGCCCGAGGGCGUGAUGCAGCAGCAGGAGGCGGCGACGCAGGCCGAGAAGGAGUGCUCGGUAGGACAGGGCGAUGCGGCGGCAGGGAGCAGGCAGCGCGCAUCAGACGAGAAGAUCAGGGCGGUGCUGGAGGACAACGAGGAGGCCGCCAAGGCCUUCGAGACGCCCGUGAAGCAGCUGAGGUCGUGCAUCCAGCACGCCGCGCCGCUGCUGAAGCAGUUCGAGGAGCUUCGCCGCUCCGCUACCUAG